AUGUUCUCGCGACAGGCAUUGCUGCGCUCCGCGCGGACGGUAGCUCCCCAGCGUGCUUUCCUCGGCCAGACCCGCGCCUUCGCCGCCCCGGCCGCCAGCGAGAGAGUGCAACCUCCGGUCGCCCUUUUCGGCCUCGACGGCACCUAUGCCACUGCUCUGACCUCCUCCCUCGAGCCCACCGCCAAGGGCCUCGCCGCUCUCGGCAAUGUCAUUCAGAAGGAUGCGAAGCUCGUGACUAUCCUCCAGGCCCCGACGCUCUCCGCCGCCGACAAGAGCGCUGUCGUCGCCGAGCUGCAGAAGAACGCCGGCGCCUCCGGCGAGACCGUCAAGAACUUCCUCGCCACCCUCGCCGAGAACAACCGCCUGGCCCUUCUCCCUGGUGUCUGCACCAAGUUCAGCGAGCUCAUGAGCGCCGCCCGUGGUGAGGUUGAGAUGGUUGUCACUAGCGCCCAGCCCCUGGACAACCGGACGCUCUCUCGCCUUGAGGCCGCUGUCUCCAAGUCGAGCUACGUCGGUGCUGGCAAGAAGCUCAAGGUCAAGAACACGGUUAACCCCGAUAUCGUCGGUGGCCUCGUCGUCGAGGUUGGCGACAGGACAAUUGACCUCAGCGUCUCUUCCAAGCUUGCCAAGAUGAACAAGCUGCUCACCGACACCCUGUAA